AGCGUCGCUCCGCUCGCCGCCCGAGCCACCCCAUCCGCAUCAGCGGGACUCAAAAGGUCCCCUGGCGCUUCCAAGAUCGACGACCCCGAUGGCUGGCUCGAGGGUGUGACACGACGCUCAACGCCAUCUGCGCAGGCUGAGCACCGAGCAGUGCUGUCUAGGAGCAGGAGGCGGAGGAGGCCGAGGUGAGGAGGAAGAGGAAGAAGCGGAGGAGGAGGACCUAUUUCGUAGAGCGAGGCGCAGGGCAGCCAGGUGUCUGAGAGUUGACAGCACCAAGAGGUAGGGUGUGGUUGGCUGGUGACUCUGCAAGACGAUUAUGACUGGAUACCGUGGCUUGGUAUGUAGUCUUCAAAGGCGCGUGCUUUCCAACUGUGCAUGGCAUGUGGAGAGACUCGGCGCCGCAUAAUCGCAAUAGCGACUCGUUUUUAUCAUGCUCGCCAACAUCCGAAGACGUUUAGUUCAAUAUUCAGGUGCAAUUCACAUAACCAGUUGCGCACACUAGCUAACAGCAGCCUUACAAAAUAACACGGGCAUUCGCUCGCCAUGGGUUCGUCAGGCACGCCAGCGCGCCGCACUUCCGGGAACGCGAGGUCGCGCGUCGCUACCCCUAAACCGCAAAAGUCAUCCAGCGAUUCCAAGGCCGCCCUCUAUAACAUUGGCAAUUUCAACGGGUCCAACAUCCAGUACAGCGACUACGAUGCGGGCACGGACUGCCAGUUCUCGGGGAGCACGACGAUGCGCAAGCAGACCCGCCCGAUCGGCGAGUUUGGGGGCAACCUCGGCUGCCUGUUUUGGACUUUCUACAUCCCCAUGCAGAUCUGGUACUUUUACGGCAUCAAUGUUCUGGGGAAGGGCGAGUUACUCGUUCCGAAUGGAAAAUUCUGGUAUGAUUUGCACGGUGGCGGAUUUCACGCUUCCAGAGGGGAUUGCGAUCCGGCCCACUUGGGAGGCCAUGUGCAUGAUCGCAUUGUGGUGCAUUGUGCAGGCUCUGGGCGAGCUCUUUUUGCCUUCGUCCUUCCCCACUUAUUUCGGAGAGCGGGAUGGAGUUCCGCAGAAGCACGGUCACAAACUGCGCUACCAGAUGAACGGGAUGUUGAGCUUUCUGCUGACGCACGUGGGCUUUUUCGUGUUGUGUUAUUUUGGGGCGCCAAACCCAUUCUACUACCUUCUGGCUGGCUCGACUGGAGGUUCUGGCAACGCCCUCCUCUCGGCCUGGUUUGAUCUGAUCGGGCUGACAAAGUCGAACCCGCUGCUGGUCAACUCGCUCCUCACAAACAGCUGGCUGUUCUUGGACCCGGCCUACAUUUGGUCCCAGAUGGGGGCUUUGCUUACUGGAGGUGUGAUCACGGCCUUCAUUUUCGCCGCGUACUUGUACAUCGACUUUGGGCUUUUCUGGAGGAACCACACGAUGGAUCCUGAAUUCGAGGAGGACUGGGGCGUCUUCACAGUAAGGGAGGUCUUCAACGACUUCUUCAUGGGCGUCGCGCGCAACCCCCGCGUGUUCCACAAGCCAAUGCGCCUCCUCUCGAAGGUGCACGCGGCGAUCGCCGGCAAGCCCGACGGCGACCCGGAUUGCCAGUGGCUCCCCCUCGACCUGAAGCGCUGGUGGGAUGGGCGCACUCUCACCCUCUGGGUCAUCCUCAACAUCUCCUACGUCGCAGCGCAGUACUACGGAUGCUCGUUCGGGUUCGAGUACAACAGCGACAGCGCCUCCCCGUCCCUCAUCACCGCCCAGCCGAGUUGCGCGCACUGGCGCCCGGCGACGACCUCUGGCCCCUUCGCGAGCGGCCUCGGAGGGCAGGGCGUGACUGCAGGCACGUACUUCAGCGACUACCUGCCCGGAGUGGGCAGCUGGAGCGGCAUCGGUUUCUCCUCGAUAUUCAUCACGCUCGCCCACUGGUACUACGUGUUUGACUACAACCUAGUGGAGCCGGCCUACCUCACCACGACGGACAUCCGCCACGAUCUCUUCGGCUUCAUGCUCACGUACGGCAUGUUUGGGUUCCUCUGCUGGUACUACCCCCUCGCGUUUCUGGGGUUCUUGAGUGCUCAGUCCAACGACAUCAAGAUCAAUAGCUCGUCGAUCGGGCCAGCGUUCGGCUCGAACCUCACGGGCGACAACGGGUUCAUAACCGACAACCACGUGCACACGAUUAUCGGGGUCGUUCUGUACAUUAUCGGCAUGUGCUUCUUCAGGUAUACCAAUAUCGAGAAGCACAAUUUCAGAACCUUUAUCGCAGACCGGAGAGACGAACGGGACGCAGAGACCGGCGAGAGGAGGUACACGGACGCCCAGAUCGACCAGCUCCUCGACACUGAGUACAAGAUCUGGCCGCAGUCCAUCGAGAUCCCGGUCGUCAACGUGUCCAUUCCUGUGUGGUCGAGCGUGAACGGCGGCCGAGUGGACUACAUUCGUACGGAGGAGGGGAGCUACCUGCUGUGCGGGGGCACGUGGGGCAUCGCGCGCCAUUUCAAUUACAUCGGGGACAUGGUCAUGUGCGUCGGGUGGGCGUGGUCGUGCUACUCGUACAAGCAUGCCUUCCCAAUCGUUCCGAUCAGCUACUGCGCCUACUUCUGGGUGAUGGACGUCCACAGGCUGUUUCGUGACGAGGGGCGCUGCGCCAUCAAGUACAAGAGGGACUGGGAGCGCUACUGCGAGAAGGUGCCUUGGCGGAUCGUGCCCGGGGUGUUCUAGGUGGCCUGAUCACGUGGGAGUGGUUGAAUUCGUGCAAGUACGUGCCCGAAUGGCUGAAUCCUCGCAAGUGCGCUCUGAGCCGUGCAAGCUUGCCUCGUUGCGAUUUCGCCAGAGGUGGCAGCUACGAUGUAACCAGUUGCAGAGACCGUGCACCGCGCUCGAACGUGCCUGUCGUGUGGUGGCUCUGAGGAUGCUCGAGAGGGGCCAGCAGAGAGUUGGCCCAGGAAGUUCGGCCGCAGGCCAAAGCGCGCCUCUGUUCCUCUUUUUCUGCUGCUGUACCGGCGAUGUCAAGGUAUCCACUAAUUGUCCCGCCGGGGUCCACUCGAUGAACGGCGACGUGCGCACGUGGAGUGCCCCUGACACGCCGAUCUGAGAAAUCUACGCGGAGCUCCAGGUUCCUCUUGGAGGGAGGAGUGGAAGCGAUGAACCUGUGCCACGAUUCGCCUCCUGCUCUUGCGCGCCCCCGACAUGGAGCCCAGAGGCAGCCGGAGCGGCCUCCCCGGGGCCCAGGCAAAGACCUGGACGGGGACGGCCUCCAGAGAUUUUGGUGUCGGUGCUCGCAUGGGGCCCCCUGCCGAGGCAGGCGGGGCAACGCGAGCCCAAGAGCGCGCUCCACUCAUACAAGACGAGUGCGAGCAGCCUUCAAGUCGUCGGUGCGACUUCGAGACAUCGAGGGACAAAAACGGCAUCCGCGCGGAUUUCUCGGAUCGGCGCUGGACCCGUGUCCAUCCCAGCAAUCCGCG